GUCACACACGCACUUUCCCCCCAGGCUAAUGUCACUGCUGACCUCCAAACACGUUAGCCUACGUCUCACACUUGACAGCAUUCUAUCAUGGUGCUCCAGAAAGCCCCCGCGGACGGUGCUGUCCGCCCAGCGGGCCCUGCCUCUGUUAUCACACUCACCCUCCGGGUCUUCAUCGUGUCAGCUCUCCGUCUCCGAAGAACACUCAAGACGGAGGUCCGCGUCCUGUUGUCCAUGCUGCCCGCGUCUCCGCUUAGAUCACGGCGACUCCUGGGGUUAUUCUCCGCCGAGGUGCAUGGUGUCACUGCUUCACAUGAACUACUUGCUGUGAACCUGUGUCAUCAGAAGAAGCCUUUGUAUCACUCCUUGUUCAAGUUCCUGCUCCUGCUUUGUCUGGUGCUCUUCAUCUUGUGUUACGCUCCGUCAAGCAGCUCUCUGUCAUGGUUGCAGAGCUUUCCACUCCGUGAGCACUACCAGAGGUUUUUCAAUCGGACCAAUCAGGUUAAUCUACCUCCUCCUUAUCGUGUCCAUCCAAAACACAGAGGUAAACCAAAUGAAAUCUAUGAAGCCACAGAAUCCCCUGCUGUGCCUCCUACAGGUACUCAGUUCCAUCAAGCCCACCCACACAACUACCACUUUAUCAUGGAUAACAAAGAGGUGUGCAAGACCAAGACCCCUUUCUUGGUCCUGAUGGUUCCAGUGGCACCAACAAACGUGGAAGCUCGGGACGCCAUCCGGCAGACGUGGGGCAAUGACAGCCUGGUUCGGGGCGAGGUGGUGCUAACUCUGUUCAUGCUGGGCCUCUCUGGAGGACCUGCUGCCGAGCAGCUGCAGGAGACGCUGAAACAGGAGAACCUACAGCACCAUGACUUGAUCCAGAGUGACUUCAUGGACACUUACCUCAAUCUGACCAUCAAAACCAUGGUCAUCAUGGACUGGCUGGCCACACGCUGCCGCACAGCGGCGUACGCCAUGAAGAUUGAUUCGGACAUGUUUCUGAACAUUGACAAUCUAGUGAUGAUGCUACAGAAGCCAGGCAUCCCCAAGCUGAACUACCUGACCGGGAUGCUUAUGUGGAACAGGCCGGUCAUCCGUUCAAAGAACUCCAAGUGGUACGUCCCUGAGGAGAUGUACCCAGAUCCCCAAUACCCGACCUACACGCUGGGCAUGGGAUAUGUCUUCUCCAACGAUCUUCCAGAGAAAUUUGUGGAGAUCUCAAAAUCAAUCAAACCCUUUAACAUAGAGGACGCUUAUAUUGGAAUGUGCAUGAAGAAGCUAGGACUUGGGCCAACAUCACCCCCAAAUCCCUCCCAGUUCAAGGCCUAUAACAAAAGAUAUGAUCGCUGUGAAUACUCCAAGAUCAUCACCUACAUCCUUGGCUCUUCACAAGAGUUGGUGAAAUACUGGACAGACUUGAAGAAGCCUGAACCACCUUGUUAAGACCAUGACUACUACAGAUGCAAUGAGAAAUCCCACGGGUGAAAGGGAUUUGGUGGCAGGGAAUUUGAUAUUUAUGGAUUUCUGUACUGAUCUAGGAUUCCCAUGCCAUCCUCAUUUGAGAAAUAAGCAUUGUGAUCACCCAUGUGGAAGAGUGACAGGGGUUCUUGAAAAAUGGCAUUAUGGACAUGCUGUAUAAAUGUAGCAAAUAAACCAGACAAAUGAAGUUCACUUGAAUCUAAUGCAACAGAUGGAGGUUUAAAAAAAGUCUAUGCAACUAUUAAGAGGUAAGAAAAGCUUUCAACGUGUUUGCUAUACAUUCAGGGUACACAUUACAUUUUGAGUGACAAUGUUGAACUCAACUGUGUCUGUUCACAAUGAACACUCCUCAGGGUACCUCAAGUAACAAAUAAGCCAUAGACCCCUGACAGAACGGUGUAAAAGUUUUUGUCUGGUAGUGGAUGUCAUUUUUUUUUUUCUAAUUAAAUAAUGGAAAAAAAACAACAACUAUUGAACACCCCUGAAACUAAUUUAUACGUGUCACAAAAACUUGAAAAAAUAUUGCACUUUUUGCUAUGUUGUCUGAAUGUAAAUUCAAUGUAAUGUGAGUUUAAUGAGUUUUCAUUGUUGUUGUUUUCAGAGCCAAAUCCUCUAACGUAUUCUGGUAUCAGCUAGAAGGGGUUGCGAGAGGUUUCAUGAACUUGAACAGUAAUAUUAUCAUGCAGCCCAGUGUGGUUCUGAACAGCCUAGUUUCCCAUCUUUGAGGAUCCUGAUGUGUGGUCCAGGAACCCCUUGAGGUCCUUAACGCUUGUGUUGUCUUCCUGACGACCAUGCAACUUUUAGUUUUUCUAGGUCCAAAUAAAUAAAUUCAAUGUUUUGGUCAUCUUUCAA